AUGAUGCGGUUAAUACGUACAUUGCCGCUUCGAUGCUUCAAAACUAGAAUACGGCGGCAAGGCUCGUUGUUGUGUUUGCGGUGCUUUAGUUCGUAUUCAAAACCACUUUUGCAGAAAUCAAUGUCAUUGAAAAAUAUCCAGUUAUCAGACCUAUCCUCAUCGCCAUUAUCCAAGAACAAGGAGAAGCAGGAGAAGCCAGAGAAGGAAAACGAAGGAAAGCACUCCAUUGGCCUGUUAGACAGAUUUUCAGAGGACUUUAUUACUCAGGGCAAUGGAUUGAAACCUACUACUUCACAAAAUCAAUUGGAUACUAUAAAGUUUUAUCAAAUGCUUCGUGAAAGAGGCAAUUUUUCCGAUGAACAAUGUAAAAUUAUCAUAGCUCUAUUGUUGCAACUACUAAAUGAUCAGUUUUAUUCCUGUUACAAUGAUUUGUUCUUAAGGGAUAUGGAGCUGAAUAAACAAUCACAUUUGUUCAGCUCGCUAGAAACAGAAUUGAAAUUCGCAAUUCAAAACUCUAGAGACACGCAACUAAAUGAGCACCACUUGCAAUUAUUAAAACUCAAGAGAGAACUUAACUCAAUCCAUGAUGAACUGAAUGAAAUCAUAAUAGAUCUUUUGCAAAAGGACGCUAAAUUAGAAUUUAACAAUCAAAAAUUAGAAAACACCCUUUUGUAUCGACAAUUAAACCUGAAAUUGAACGACUGUUCUAACAAGAUUCAAACCAAGAUACUGGGGGAUAUCAGGUCACAUAUCGAAAAUUUAAGAUGGCAGACAACCAGAAGCGGUCUUUUGGUAAUAUUAGUCCUUGUUUGUUCGAUUAUGAUCGGUGUAAGCGCAUCUAAGAAGGAACGCCCAGGUUUACAGGAACCUGAGGAACCUGAAAUUUUAGCACCAAAGGAAGACAUUGAUACUACCUUCCCUCAAGAUCAACAUGAUAUAGAUUAA